AUGUUGGGGAUUACUGAAAUUUUUAUAGCUCUAGUAGUGUGUCUCCUGAUUUUGCAGUUCCUCAGGCUGCAAUGGAUGCGUACCCAGCUUCCUCCAGGACCAGUUCCCCUCCCCAUCAUCGGAAAUUUGUGGCUGCUGGACUUCAAACUGCGCCGAGAAACUCUCAGCAAGUUAACCAACAUCUACGGAAACAUCUACACACUGUGGAUGGGACAGACACCUCUGGUUGUGCUGAAUGGAUACAAAGCAGUAAAAGAUGGCAUUGUCACCCACUCAGAAGAAGUUUCUGGAAGACCUCUCACCCCUUUCUACAGAGAUAUGAUGGGCGAGAAAGGUAUUUUCCUGACAAAUGGCCACACCUGGAAGCAGCAGAGACGCUUUGGCAUGACAAUUAUAAGAAGUCUGGCACUUGGUAAGAACAAUUUGGAGCAUCAAAUUCAAAGAGAGGCCUGUCACCUUGUGGAUAUCUUCACAAAUACAGAAGGCAAACCUUUUGACCCCCACACUUCCAUCGUCCAUGCAAUUGCAAAUAUCAUUUGUGCUGUUGUUUUUGGUCAUUGCUUCUCCAGUGAGGAUGAAUCUUUCAGCAAACUCAUCAAAGCUAUUUAUUCUGUGAUCUACUUUCAAGGCACUAUAUGGGGCAGGCUGUACGAUGCUUUCCCAUGGCUCAUGCACCAUCUCCCAGGGCCUCAUCAGGAGGUGUUUGCAUACAAUGACUUCAUGCACAGAUUAGUCAUGGAGGAGGUUCAAGCCCAUGAAAGACAGAACACAGAUGAUCCACAGGAUCUCAUUGACUUCUACCUGGCUCAAAUAACAAAAACCAAGGACGACCCUACUUCUACAUUCAAUAAAGAAAAUAUGGUUCAGACUGUGGUUGAUCUUUUGCUAGGAGGGACAGAAACAACAAGCACCACCCUUCUCUGGGCACUGCUCUACAUGGUACAAUACCCAGAUAUACAAGAAAAGGUUCAAAGAGAGAUAGAGGCUGUUCUGGAACCCUCCCAUGUCAUCAGCUAUGAGGACCGGAAGCAGCUGCCCUACACAAACGCUGUGAUCCACGAGGCUCUGCGCUACAGCAACGUCACCUCCGUCGGGGUCCCUCGACAGUGCCUGAGGAGCACAACUCUGCUGGGUUUUCACAUUAAAAAGGGCACGCUUGUGUUGCCAAAUCUGCACUCUGUGGUCUAUGACACUGAGCACUGGGCAACCCCUUGGAAGUUCAACCCAGAUCAUUUCCUAGACUUGGAUGGCAACUUUGUGAACAAAGAGGCAUUCUUACCUUUCUCAGCAGGGCACCGUGUAUGUUUGGGGGAACGGAUGGCACGAGUUGAACUGUUCAUCUUCUUUACCAAUCUCCUUCGGGCAUUUACAUUCCAGCUCCCUGAGGGGGUGAAGGAAAUCAAUCUGGAGUACAUUUUGGGUGCAAUACUGCAGCCACACCCAUAUAAACUCUGUGCUAUUCCACGCUAG